AUGGCGCCCAAGGGGAAGGCGGGCACCAAGGGCAAGAAACAGAUCUUCGAGGAGAACCGGGAGACGCUGCGUUUCUACCUCCGCAUCAUCCUGGGGGCCUCCGCCGUCUACGCCGUGGUGAACCUGGUGAUCUUCUACCCCGCUGCCUCCGCCUGGACGUGGCUAGCAUUCAUCUUCAGCUCGGCGGUCUACGGCACCAGCUACCGGUCCAUGAACUCCAUGGCAAAGCCGUCUUUCGCAGACGAUGGCAGCCUUGCCGACGGGGGAAUUGACCUGAAUAUGGAGCAGGGGAUGGCAGAGCACCUCAAGGAUGUGAUCCUGCUGACAGCUAUAGUCCAAGUGCUGAGCUGCUUCUCGCUCUACGUCUGGUAUUUCUGGCUCUUGGCUCCGGGACGCGCUCUCUACCUCCUGUGGGUGAACAUCCUGGGGCCCUGGUUUACAGCCGACUCCUCACCCGCCGGUCAGGAACCAAAUGAGAAGAAGCAACGCCGUCAAGAACGUCGCCAGAUGAAGCGCUUCUAGCCCUGGCUGGGGAGAUAGAUUAACGCCGUCUCUCAUUUCCAUGCUGUUAUUUCAUCAGGGAUGCGACUGAAACCAAUCCGAAACCAUUGCAGUAGCUAUGUUGCCCUCUGUCAUUGCUGCCGUUCCGCUAGAAAGGCCGCAAGAGACUUCCCUUGGUUGGUUCUUAGCGCCAGUCGAGGCCUUGCUCCUUGGGAUGACAAGGGGGGUGAUGCUGGGAUGCGUGUAAAUACCUUUUUAAAGCAGCGCUGUAUCGCGUUCGAGGUUGGGGAUUGCAACGUUGGAGGAAAUAGUACAUUAAAGAGCAGA